AUGACCGCACGAUCCAGAUCCGCGGAGACACAAGAUCCACCCACCAAAUGGAGCUGCGCCUCCUGCGAUGCAAUCUUCCACCGGAUUGACCACUACAAGCGCCACAUCACUUCCCAUAGCGCAGACAAACCGUAUCAGUGCUCCUUCUGCGCCUCUCGCUACAGACGAGGCGACGUCCUUCGUCGACACUGGAAGACCUGUCCCGCGCGCCAUCAGGCCGGGUAUGAGAUCCCAGAGCCCCGAACAGGCGGCAAAGAACGACAUGCAUGCGAUGCAUGUGCGCGUCUGAAAAAGGCUUGUGAUGGGGGGAACCCGUGUCUAGAAUGUAGGAUCAAGGGAAGAGAGUGCACCUACCGGCGGGUUGAUGAGAGUAGUGAAGGGACGGUCGUGCAGAGCGAACGACUUCCAGAACCGCAGCUGGGCUCCGGGUCCGGAGAGGAUCCCGCUGCCCUGCCGUGGAGUUUAGGCCCGGGGAGCUUUUACUCGCUGGACGCUGCGAAAGAAAGUGCCUAUAGGUACUUGAAGUGA